AUGGGUAGUGUUCUGGAGCUGCAGGCCAUUUCCGGCCCUACCUAUCUCACUGCUCAGGAUCUUAUCCAGCAGGUCACUUACAUCCUUUCCGACAAAAUUUUCUCAUACUCCCCGGAAUCGUUCAACCUUGACUCGGCUGUGAAAUACUGGGCGUCUCGGAGUGAACGGAAUGCGAACGGCGAGGUCACUGCUGUGCAGUCGCUUCAGACCCGUCAUGGUGCUGGGUCCAUUGCCUUGGGCUAUCUCUUCUCCCGCGAUUUUGAUUUGAAGAAGCGCCACGUCCCUCAAGGCAUUUUGGCCUCGUCCGCAACUUUGACUUAUCUGCGAUCGUCCCUGGAGCAGCUUUCUCUGCUCUAUGCCGUUGCUAACCCCGUAGUCGCUCAUGUUGCUGCCGUCGACUAUGCUGGCGGGCAACUAGUUUCGGAUUAUGCGACAGCUUUGAAUCUGGCUGAAGAUCUGGGCCUCGGUCUUAUUUCCAGCUCCUCCGUGCAUGAAGCGCAGCAUAUGGCACUCUUCUCUACCCUUGUUGCUACCUUCUUGCCCACCAUUCACCUCUAUGAUGGAGUUCGCGUAGGCCGCGACAACACUCGGGUUAUCGAUGUCAUGGACCAGUCUGGCCUGCAUCGUGUGUACCAGGCUGUUCAACAACAACAUGUGAACGAUAUCCGGACAAAGCAUUUAGAUGACCAGGGUAAAGUCUUGAACGUUUUGCAGGGCUUGAAUGGCGAGCUGGGAACUGAUUAUGGAUUAUUUGAAUACCACGGUCAUAGCGAGCCGACAUCCGUCUUGGUCGUAUUCGGCACCGUGGAGUCAUCUCUGACCUCCCAAAUUGCUCGCUCUUUGAGCAAGCGAGGAUCACGGAUUGGAGUAGUGAAUGUGCGUGUUUACAGGCCUUUUGUGGAGGAGGAAUUCCUUCGUAUCUUGCCCAAGACCGCCGAGACCGUGGGUGUCCUCGGUCAAGUUCGCGAUCAACAGUCUGUACAGGAAGAAGGCGUUCAUUCAGCACUAUACGAUGACGUUCUCGCAGCUUUGACUUUUGCUACCGACCGUAGUGAGAGCCCUGUUUGCGUUGAUAUCAAAUACGAUUGCUCAUAUCAGUGGAACAUUAUCAAUGCAGCUGCCGCAUUCCAACGCGUGUCCGACAAGCCUAUUCUGCAGAAUAUGCAACAGACCAGUCCUCUUCAGCUCUUUGAACAGUCCGGCACGCAAGAGUUCAUUUUCUGGGAUUUGGAUGAUGGCCAGUCCUUUGAUGCUGUUACGGCCUUGGCAUCGGCCCUCUCGAAAGAUCCCGCCGCCAACGUGACCACCAGCACAACUUAUGAUAAUUUAGUGCAGGGCGGUGUGGUCCGUACCGAUAUUCGCAGGAGCACAAAGAUUGUGGAUGCGCCAUAUCCAGUAACUACGGCAGACAUUGCUUUUGUUGGGGAUAUUAGGAUAUUGGGUGAUCUUGAUAUCCUUGCAUCUAUAAAGGACAAGGGCAAUCUUCUCGUGCGAGCACCGGGACUCAAGGACGAGGAUUUGGAGAAGAAAUUGCCUGUUGGUUUCCAACAGCGAAUUGCCAGACGAGGCAUUGUGCUUUCGCUUCUAGAUACCUCCGGUACCAGCGAAACCGCUACCGCGUCUGCUAUCAUACAAGCAGCUGUCUUGCGUGCCGUUCAGGCCUCAUUCGAUAUCGUCAAGGCCCAGGAUGUGGAAGGCCUAGCUCAAACAGAGGCUAUUGUGCGAAAAAUCGAGAUUCCCGAAGCAUGGUUCACGUCAGAGGUUCCUUCUGACGCACAAGAGCUGCCAAAGGAUAUCGUUCCCUCUGGUUUUGUACCCUUUGACAAACAGGAGACGGAACCAGCUUCAUUCCUCAAGGAUUGGAAGACCGCUGCUAAAGGGCUCGCAUUCAAAGAGUCAUACGGCGCUCAGAAUGUAUUGCGUCCAGACGUUAGCGCCAAGACAUUCACUGUUCGCGUUCAAGAAAAUCGGCGAUUGACUCCAGUCACUUACGACCGAAACAUUUUCCAUAUUGAGUUUGACCUCGGCGACUCGGGCCUCAAGUAUGAUAUUGGCGAAGCUCUUGGCGUACAUGCAGAGAAUGAUCCAAAAGAUGUCAUGGAAUUUAUCAAAUUCUAUGGCUUGAAUCCCGAUGAAGUUGUGGAAGUUCCCAACAGGGAAGACCAGAAUAUCCUGGAAAACCGCACGGUUUAUCAAGCGUUGAUACAGAACGUCGAUCUCUUCGGUCGCCCGCCCAAACGAUUCUAUGAAGCACUGGCUGAGUUUGCCACCGAGGAUAAAGAAAAGAAAGAACUCCUUACCCUGGGUGGACCGGAGGGAGCGGUUGAAUUUAAGAGACGUGCAGAAGUUGAUACUGUGACGUAUGCUGAUAUUUUGCUUGAAUUCCGCUCUGCUCACCCCAGCUUCCACGAUAUCGUGCGUAUAGUCAGCCCCAUGAAACGUCGCGAGUACUCGAUUGCGUCUUGCCAAAAGGUAACACCUACAUCUGUUGCUCUGAUGAUUGUUGUUGUGAACUGGGUCGAUCCACGAGGCCGUGAUCGUUUCGGACAGGCUACUCGGUACCUCAGCGGACUCAAGCCUGGAACUCCUGUCACCGUCAGCGUCAAACCAAGCGUCAUGAAAUUACCACCUCUCUCAACCCAACCAAUUAUCAUGGCUGGUCUGGGUACUGGACUGGCACCUUUCCGUGCUUUUGUGCAACACCGUGCGCUCGAGAAGGCACAGGGCAAGGAAAUUGGCUCCGUUCUGCUGUACAUGGGAUCCCGUCACCAGCGCGAAGAAUACUGCUAUGGUGAAGAAUGGGAGGCGUACCAAGCUGCAGGUGUUAUCACGUUGUUGGGACGAGCAUUUUCUCGUGAUCAGCCGCAGAAGAUCUACAUCCAGGAUCGCAUGCGUCAAACUCUCUCGGAAAUUGCUCAGGCCUACGUUCGUGAAGGAGGAGCUUUCUAUCUCUGCGGUCCUACCUGGCCAGUUCCCGAUGUCACAGCAGUGCUGGAGGAAGCGAUUGCUCUCGAAGCCAAGGCACAGGGUAAGAAGGUGGAGCCUCGCAAGGAGAUUGAGAAGUUGAAAGACGAAGAAAGAUAUGUUCUGGAAGUGUAUUAG